AAACUCUCAAUUCUUUUGAAGCAAAGUUUAUUUAAUUUCAAAAAAAUGGGGAUCGGACACAAACACCAUCCUCAUUUCAAAUUUCAUGUUCAACUGCAUCUGCCUAGUUUUCAUCAUCAUGAAAAUAAAAUCGAGGAAUUCAGGGAACUCCCAAAAGGGUGCGUUGCGGUAAUGGUGGGUCAAGGUGAGGAGCAGCAGAGGUUUGUUGUACCAGUGAUGCACAUCAAUCAUCCUCUGUUCGUCCAAUUGCUGAAAGGAGCAGAGGAUGAAGUAGAAUUUCAUCACGAUGGUCCUAUCAAUGUUCCUUGUCAUGUCGAGGAGUUUCGCCAUGUUGAGGAUAUCAUACAACAUGAUAAUAAUAAUAAUCAUCACUUGUGGUGCUUCAAGGCCUGAUCUUUA